AUGGGCAACACGCCGGCCGCCAAACGGGGCAACGAGAUGGAAAGCGAUGCUCAUCGGGAAUACGGUCGUGCAUGUGGAGAUGGUGCUGAUGCUGGCAUGGCGAUCACAGGCUCAAACAAUGUUGGGUGUGUCCCACAGAACACAGCGAGUCUGGAGGACUUCGAGCGGCUGAAGACUCUGGGCACGGGCUCAUUCGGUCGCGUGAUGCUGGUCAGGCACCGAGAGAGCGGGCAGCACUACGCCAUGAAGAUCCUUAACAAACAGAAGGUCGUGAAGCUGAAGCAGAUUGAGCACACUCUCAACGAGAAGCGGAUACUGCAGGCCGUCAGCUUCCCCUUCUUAGUGCGGCUGGAGUACUCCUUCAAGGACAACACUAAUCUCUACAUGGUGAUGCAGUACGUUCAGGGAGGAGAGAUGUUUUCACACCUGCGUAGAAUCGGCAGAUUCAGUGAACCCCAUGCGCGGUUUUAUGCUUCACAAAUAGUCUUGACGUUUGAGUAUCUGCAUGCCCUCGACCUGAUCUACAGAGACCUUAAACCAGAGAACCUCCUCAUCGAUCAGCAGGGCUAUAUACAGGUGACAGACUUUGGUUUCGCGAAGCGGGUCAAGGGUCGCACGUGGACAUUGUGCGGCACCCCGGAGUAUCUGGCCCCAGAGAUCAUCCUCAGCAAGGGUUAUAAUAAGGCUGUGGACUGGUGGGCUCUGGGUGUGCUGAUGUACGAGAUGGCUGCCGGUUAUCCUCCGUUUUUUGCCGAUCAACCCAUUCAGAUCUACGAAAAGAUUGUCUCAGGAAAGGUACGGUUCCCGUCACACUUCAGCUCCGACCUGAAGGACCUGUUGAGAAACCUGCUGCAGGUGGACCUCACCAAACGCUACGGCAACCUUAAAAACGGAGUUAACGACAUCAAAGGUCACAAGUGGUUCUCAACUACUGACUGGAUAGCCAUUUACCAGCGGAGGGUGGAGGCCCCGUUUGUGCCUAAAUGCAGAGGUCCCGGGGACACCAGCAACUUCGACGACUACGAGGAAGAAGAGAUCCGUGUGUCGUUCACGGAGAAGUGCGCGAAAGAAUUUGCCGAGUUCUAGGGGAAUAAGUGAUAGAAAUCAGAGAGAGAGAGAGAGAGAGGAAUAAAGAGAAAGAGAGAGAGAAGGAGAAAAAGUGCAUGAAUCUUAAAACCGAUCCUUCCUCCUGUUAAACAGCAGAGAAGCCAGCGGAAGAGAGCAGAGAAGACCUCCAGGGAUAAACAGUGAGGCCUUUAUCAUCUCCUGUUUUAAUCAUGUUUGUAAUUUUUUUUUAAUCUCAGUUCAUGUGAUAUUAAUCACGAUGGAUUUGAUUGGGUGUAAUUGUUGGCCUGUGGACUGGGAUUGUUUUUGCCGCACAAACACAGGGUUAGUUAUCGUCUAUUCAGAGAUUAUCUCUAAUCUGGAGCAGUUACCGCUAAAGUGCAAGUUCUCCACUAGGUCACCAUAACAACCAUAUAGAAAAAAACAUUUAAAA